AGGAGUGGGACAGCUGGACCAUAUGGAAGGUGUGUGUUUAACAUUUUAAAUAAACGUUUAAUUCAGAAUAAUUUUAGAUUUACCAAAAAGUUUCAUAGAUAGCACAGAGAGUUCCAUAUACACCUCACCUGGUUUCCCUCAUCCAUUAUCAGCAUCUUCCAUUACUGUAAUUCAUUUGCCAGCGUGAAGAAACUGACAUUGGUACAUUACUAUUAAUUAAACUCCAGACUUUAUUUGGAUUUCACCAGUUUUGUCACUAAUGUCACCUUUCUGUCCCAGGACCCAAUGCACGUAGUUGUCAGGUCUCCCCAGUCUGCUCAGGUCUGUGACAGUGUCCCAGCUGGUCCUUUCUUUCGUGACCUUGGCAGAAGUAAACAGUACUGGCCAGGUGGCCUGUGGAAAGUGACAGCAUGUCCUCCAACCUCGGCUUCUGAUGGGUUUUUACACCUCAGGACUGAACUGGGGCCACGGGCUUCGGGCGUGGAGAUCACACAGCGAAGGGCCUCUCAUCACAACCUCUCGGCGCGGGUGAUGUCAGUGUCACCUGCUCAGGGCGGUGUUGGCCAGCUCUCUGCGGGCAGUUUUCUUUCCUCUUUCCCGGUGGCAGUCGCUCAACUGGGUUCACCCUCAAAGGGGAAGAUUUCGUUGCAGCUCCUUUGGGAGGGAGCGUCUGCAUUUAAAUAUUACUUGCAAUUCUUCUGUACAGCAGAUUGUAUCUUCUCUCUCAUUUCUUUCAUUUUGUUUUUGAAACUUGAAAAAAAACCCUAAAUACAUUUAUUAAUACCAAUAAAAGUUUAUUUUUAAAGGGAAAAUUAAAAGAAAAAAAUAAAAUGUAACAUUAAAAACAUGAUAAAGAUGAAUCUCUAGAAAGUGAGUUAGUUGAUCAUCAUCUGGCUAUCUCAAUUUUAUCUUGGGACUUGGUUUUCUCUUUCUUUUUGAAUUUUUGAUUUUUAUUUUAUUUAUUUUUUUAUAUACCAGGUUCUUGUUAGUCAUCAAUUUUAUACACAUCAGUGUAUACAUGUCAGUGCCAAUCACCCAAUUCAUCACCCCCCCCAACCCCCCAUCUCUCAUUUCUUUACUCAUUUACUUCACUAUAGAAAUAGUGUAUAUUUAAACUUGGGUUAUAAUCCAGUUCUGCAUUAUUCAUGCUGUUCCUCAAGUUGUUCCAGUUUUGGUCACUGUGGGUCUUCUCUGGUUGCCUCCUGGGUCCUUUGGGCGUCGGGAGCGCAGGCGCAGUGUGGGCGGGCGCACGUGGGCGGCAGGCGGGUGCGCAGGCGCAGUGGGCGGAAGGCGCACGUGACAGGCGGGGCCUCAGCCGCCGCGGGCGAGAUGGGGUCGUUACGCUGGCCGGUGGUGGCUGCAGUCGCCGCGGGCCUCGCGCUGGCCCUGGAGGCGCUACCCGCUGUGCUGAGCUGGCUGUGGGCCAGGCGGCGGCCGCGGCCGCGGCGCGAGGUGCUGUUCUUCCCGUCGCGGGUGACGUGCACCGAGACCCUAUUGCGGGCCCCGGGCGCCGCGCCCUCGGGCUGCCCAUGCAACCUGCCCCACGACGAGAGCUCACUGAGCCGCCUGUUGCGCGCCCUGCUGGCAGCCCGCGCCAGCCUCGAGCUCUGCCUGUUCGCCUUCUCCAGCCCGCAGCUGGGCCGCGCAGUGCAGCUGCUGCACCAGCGCGGGGUGCGCGUCCGCGUGGUCACCGACUGCGACUACAUGGCCCUCAACGGCUCACAGAUCGGGCUGCUCCGCAAGGCAGGGAUCCAGGUCCGGCACGACCAGGAUCUGGGCUACAUGCACCACAAGUUCGCGAUCGUGGACAAGAAGGUGCUGAUCACCGGCUCGCUGAACUGGACCACUCAGGCCAUUCAGAACAACCGGGAGAACGUGCUCAUCCUGGAGGAUGAGGAGUGCGUGCGGCUCUUUCUGGAAGAAUUUGAGCGCAUCUGGGAGGAGUUUAACCCUACCAAGUACAACUUUUUCCCGCAAAAAAAGAGAAGUCGCUGAGACGCCUGCACGUGGGGAGGUGGGGCCGGCGUCCCUCGAGCUGGAGCGGCCCUCGGGGGCCAGGGCGACAUUCCCACUAGGAGCCGCGCGCUUCCGGGGCCGGAAUCCACAUUCUGUGCAAGGAAAGCCAGUCCCGUUAAAUUCUCCUUUGUUUGAUGGUACAGUUCCCUAGAGAGCGUGGGGGGUUACGGGGAAGAGGCCACGCUGCGGCGGAAG